UAUUAUAUAACAAAUAUGGUUGAACAUACAUGUACAAGAUGUGGCAAAAACUUUCCCAAAUUAUGGAAACUUCGUCGCUAUAAUGAAAGGCAAUAUAAAUGUCGACCAAAAGUAAUUCCUCAAAUUACAAUUCCCCCCAAAAAAUAUGCUCCAGAAAACCAUUUUCGAUCAAUUUACGAAAUAGAAGAUGAG